AUGCCGGCCGAUUACUACGAUACUGACCACGCGCAGCGCGAGAGGUCUCGUUCACCCCGUCGUCGUUCGCGCAGCCCUCGACGUAGCCGUCGCUCCUAUUCGCCUCGGAGUCGCUCUCGGAGUCGUGACGAUUAUCGCCGCAGUGAACGCCGUUCCCGGUCGCCUAUGAGUACUGCACCAGGCGCCUCUGGGGGACAUUCCGGUUCUGGUUACGGUGGACGCAGCAGCUACCCGCCUCCUCCGAGAUCGUUUGAGGACCGCGCUGUCGCCAAAGAACAAAUGAUGCAAUCAGUGCGCGAGUCUUCCCAACAAGACCGUCGGGUCUAUGUGGGAAACCUUUCCUACGAUGUCAAGUGGCAUCACUUGAAAGACUUUAUGAGACAGGGUGAGCAGGGUCAUAUUGUGUCGGAUGCGGGGACUAUCUUUCCGCGCCGUACAGCUGGUGAGGUCAUCUUUGCCGACGUCUUAUUACUUCCCAAUGGAAUGUCGAAGGACCGUGAACCCGAACCUCGUUUCACCGGUGGCCCUUCUCGUGGGGAUUUCGGCGGCGGCGGCGGUGGCCGCGGCGGUUUUGGUGGUGGUUACGGCGGUGGAGCUGGUGGAAGACAGCUCUACGUGUCCAAUCUUCCAUUCAAUGUUGGCUGGCAGGACCUGAAGGAUCUUUUCCGCCAAGCAGCUCAGCAAGGCGCCGUCAUCCGUGCCGAUGUUCACACCGAUGCCACUGGACGCCCCAAGGGUUCCGGCAUUGUCGCCUUUGAAUCCCCUGAUGAUGCCCGUAAUGCUAUCCAGCAGUUCAAUGGCUACGACUGGCAGGGUCGGGCUUUGGAGGUUCGUGAGGAUCGCUUUGCCGGUGCCGGACCGGGCGGAUUUGGAGGCCGCGGUGGCUUCGGUGGUGGCUUUGGCCGUGGUGGAUUCGGUGGUCGUGGCGGCUUCGGCGGUGGCCGUGGCGGCUUUGGCGGAUUCGGAGGUCGUGGUGGCUACGGUGGUGGCUACGGUGGUCCUGGUGGUCCGGGUGGUCCGGGUGGUCCGGGUGGUGGUGGUGGUGGUGGUGGCCCUGGCUUCGAGGGUGUCCCUUCGGUGCCCCCCAACCCGUUCACGGACUUUGCAACCUCCGGAGGCGAGAAGGGCCCUGUUAUCUAUGUCCGCAACCUGCCCUGGUCUACCUGCAACGAAGAUCUGGUCGACCUGUUCUCGACUAUUGGAAAGGUAGAUCGUGCGGAGAUUCAGUAUGAGCCCAAUGGUCGCUCUCGCGGCACGGGUGUGGUCCAGUUUGACAACGCAGAAACUGCAGAAACUGCGAUUGCCAAGUUCACCGGUUAUCAAUACGGUGGCCGUCCGCUCGGCAUCACUUUCGUCAAGUACAUGAAUGCAGGUGCUGGCCCCGGAGACGCCAUGGAGGGUGCCGAGCCCACUGGCGGUAUCACACAAGACCAGAUCAUGUAA